AUGUACUGUAUUAAUGAGCCUCUAACUUGCAGCAAGGGAAGAAUUAACAGUCAGGAACUGGUCACUUUGAACGUGGGAGGGAAGAUACUCACAACAAGGUCUUCCACUUUAAAGCAGUUUCCUCCUCCUCGGUUAGCACGAAUGUUAGAUGGCAGAGACCAAGAAUUCAGGAUGGUUGAUGGCCAUUUUUUUGUGGAUAGAGAUGGUGUUUUAUUUAGUUUUAUCUUAGAUUUUUUAAGAACUCACCAGCUUUUAUUGCCUACUGACUUUUCAGACUAUCUUAGGCUUCAGAGAGAGGCAGUUUUCUAUGAACUUGAUUCUCUGGUUGAUCUCAUUAAUCAAGAACUGCUACAGCCAAAACCUGAGCUCUUGGAGGUGCAUUUCUUCAUCGGAACACUGAAGUUUUUUUUCAGAGUGUUUGGCUCUUGCAGCAAGACAAUUGAGAUGCUAACUGGGAAGAUUACAGUGUUUAUAGAGCAACCUUCAGCACCAACCUGGAGUACAGAUCCUUUCCCUCAGAUGACCUUACUUCCACUGCCUCCACAAAGACCUUCUUGCCAUGACCUGGUUUUCCAGUGCGGCUCUGACAGUGCAACUGAUAGCCAAAUCAGGUAUGUUUCUAUAAAACCUGAUAACCGAAAAUUGGCCAAUGGAACUAACGUCCUAGGCCUACUUAUUGAUACUUUACUAAAGGAAGGCUUUCAUCUGGUCAGCACUAGAACAGUAUCCUCUGAAGACAAAACUGAAUGCUAUAGCUUUGAAAGGAUGAAAAGUCCUCAUGCCCUCACCGUGAGCAAAACACUGAAACCAGAGACUACCAUCAUGCUGGAACAAGCUCAGAAAAAGAAAUGA